GAUCCGAUGUUGAUGAUCAUCAUUACCACAACAAUGAAGACUUUUGAAAUAAGAGCAAAUCGAAAUUCGGAAAUUGAGGAAAUUUUUCUUCUUCUCUAAUUGUAUUUUCCAUGGAAAGACUUUUCAACCUUUUGGCAAAAGAUUGAAUUUCUCUAACAAGUAAUUCUCAUUGAGAUGAAUUGAGCUUUUCCUGAAUUCAUGGGAGAUAAACUCAUGUUCAGAAAGAGAAUCAGAUUAAUAAUCUAAUCAUGAACAUGCUCAAUUCUUUGCAGGUUAUACUUUAAAUCUUGAACGAUUUUUCCUUCAUUGAUUUUGCGCUCUCAUCUCAUUCCAUUUGGUAUCAUCAUGAAUCUUUUCAUCUUAUCUUCAUCCUCAUCUUCAUCUUCAUCAUCAUCAUUUUCAUCUUCUCCUUCAUUAUCAUCUUUUUCCUCAAAUAUUUUCUCUGUUUCCUUGAUUUUCUCGGUGAAAAAAAAGAUGAACGUUAAAUUGCAAUUUCUGUUUUCUUUAUUUACUAAUUGAUUACCUUUUCUCUUUUACAAUCAAAUUGAUUAUUUUCCUCAACAAUUAAUGUUUCAUUCCUGAUUUUAGUGAUUUUUGUUACCAUUGUAACAAUAACUUCAUCAUCAAUGGCUAUUGGAGUUCAUCAUCAUCAGCAUCUUCAUCAUCAUCUUCAUUAUCUUCAUCAUCAUUUAGGUUUCAUUUUGAUUUGGUUAAUUUUAAUUGUUGGAUCGGUUUCCACAGAGGAAGAGUGUCUAAAGAAAAAAAUUUGGUGCUAUGAAUGUUCAACGGAAACUAAUCCAAAGUGUGGAGAUCCAUUUAAUAUCAGUCUGGUUCGAGGCGAAGAGCGGGAUGUGACCUUAAACCAAUGCGAAGGUUGUUGUAUCAAGAUAGUCAAAAAGAAAGACACUCCUCAACAAAUUAUCCAAAGGACGUGCACGGGAAAGAUUCAAAUUAACUUGUUCAUGGUUGAUCAUGUUUGCAUGGAGGAAUCGGACGGCAAAGGUCAUAUGUGUUUCUGUGAAAGCGAUGCCUGUAAUUUGGGGUCAACAAUUAACUCGAUUGAUUCAAUUCUGUUGGGAGUAAUCACCUUAAUCACUGUUGUAACUGUUGCAUCAACAAUUAGCCAGUUAACGUGAUUCUGAUCAACUCAUUGGGAUAAUUUUCUUUCCUUGUUUUUGUUUUGUUAAUUUUUCUUCAAAUCAAUCAACUGAUUUUGACUUUUGGUAAUUUAAUGUUAUGAUUUUUACGAAUUGCGAUUUAAUUUGGUCGCCAUUUUGUUGCGGGUUUUCUGGUGAUUUACUGAUUCACUUGGAGAGGAAAAUCAAAAAUGAAAUAUUUGUUAAACAUUUUUUUAAUUGUCAAUAGUUUUACUUUCAAUUUAUCUAUGAUAAUUAACUGAUUGUUGGUCACUCAUCUGGAUGUUUUCUUGUUACAUUGAUUGGAUUGUUAAUUGUUGGUCAUUUUUACUUUCCUCAUUAACAAUUAGAUUUAUCAUAUCUAUCUGAUAUUCAUAUUCAUUGGACAAUUAACUUGGAAUCUAGAACUGUGAUUAUCAUGUACAACAAUUUAAUCAUUGGUGGAAAUUGAUUCAAUCAAAUUAACCGUUGAUUGUUUCACACUCUAGUUAACUAUUCAUCGAUGUCGAUGAUAAAAUCAUUCAUUCAAUUGAAAGCAAUAAGAAAAACCUAUCGAACUAAUCAACUAAAUCACCUUUCGUCAUCAUCAUCUGAUUAACAAUUUAUGCUCAUCGUUAAUUGUUGACAUUUUCAACAUGUUAAUCAAUUAUGGCAAAAUCAAUCAAUUGAUUAGUUCAAAUAUCUGAAUAUCAAUUUAAUUAAGUAACUCAAAUCGCCUCGAUAAUUUGAAUUAAAUGAACAUCACUUGUAUCUAAUUAAAUGUUGUAUCGGCCUCUAAUUAACUUCAACUAAUCAACUCUCUGUUUAUUAAUCCAAGAUUAACUUAAUUGUAAUUAUUUACUUUAAUUGUUAUCAUGAUGAUCUCAAUUGUAAUAAUAAAAUGCAAUCACUUUGUCA